GCCGUAGGAAGCGCGUGAGGGCGGAUAACCCAGGCCUGCAGUCAGGGCUUUUUCUUGUCUCUGCGCGGACGCUUUUUUGCACGGCUGGAUGCUGAAAUCUGCUAGGAUUCUUUCCCAAAAUAUAUUCCUAGCUUCAGAAAACACGGGAAGGGCACAGCAGGAGAAACACCAGUCUUAAAAUGGCCCUGCCUGAGCUCUCCUGGUUUAGCAGGUGGCUUUGGACCUGCCUUGCCCUGUGCUUUACUUCUUCCUCACUAAGAUGCAGAGUCGUCCCCUGGCGACCCCUCACAGGCAGGAUUUGCACGUCUGCAAGGUCCAGAAGGGAAACUGAGGAGGACCUGCCUCGAGUCACCAGGAGGAGGACAGAGCUGUGAACUGCUGAUGCAAGCAGGCAGGAGCAGCUCUUCCACCGAAUAUCAAGGUAGUCACAGGAAGACACACUUUAUUUUCCACUGAUUGGAUGGGAGGAAUUUUUGACCUUGGAAAGUGGAGAUGGUGUUGCUAUGGAAACUAAUAAUUCUGCUGCCAUUCACGAGCUGCAGCACAGAGGAAGAAACACUACAUGGUCCUAUUUUCAUUCAAGAGCCAUAUGAUAUCACUUAUUCCAUGGGCUCAGUGAAUCCAGAAGUCCUAUUGAACUGUACAGCUAAAGGAUAUCCCCUCCCCAGCUACAGGUGGAAGCAAAAUGGCACAGAUAUUGAUCUUACCAUGAGUUAUCACUACAGGUUGGUUGGAGGCAGCUUGGCAAUCAAUAACCCACGUAAAAAACAGGAUAUUGGAACAUACCAGUGUUUGGCCACAAAUUCAUUUGGAACAAUUCUGAGCAGGAAGGCAAAGCUUCAAUUUGCAUACCUUGAGAAUUUUGAAAUGAAAACAAGAAGCACAGUGUCAGUCAGAGAAGGACAAGGGGUGGUUCUGCUCUGUGGUCCUCCGCCACAUCAUGGAGGCUUGUCCUUUGCGUGGACCUUCAACAAUAACACCUUGUACGUUCAGGAGGACAGACGCCGUUUUGUUUCACAAGAAACAGGAAAUCUGUACAUUGCCAAAGUGGAGCCAUGGGAUGUGGGCAAUUACACCUGCGUGGUGACCAACUCCAAGGCUGGGCGGAGUGUUCAGGGGCCACCCACUCCCCUCACCCUGCGCAGCGAUGGUGUGAUGGGAGAGUAUGAACCAAAGAUUGAAGCACGUUUUCCAGAAACAACAUACGCAGCAAAGGGCUCAUCUGCUAAACUGGAGUGUUUUGCCCUUGGAAAUCCAGUCCCUAGUAUCAGUUGGAGGAGGUCUGAUGGAAACUCACUGACAAAGAAAAUCAAACACGACAAAAACAAAGGAGUUCUUGAAAUCCCAGAUGUUCAGCAAGAAGAUGGAGGCUCUUAUGAGUGUAUCGCAGAAAAUAUUCGAGGCAGAAACAUUGCAAGAGGUCAAUUAUUCGUCUAUGCACUCCCUGAAUGGGAUAAGAAAAUCGAAAAUGCCUUUCUGUCUCUCUAUGACAGUUUGUUUUGGGAAUGUAAGGCAAAAGGAAAACCAACCCCUUCCUACAGCUGGUUAAAAAAUGGCCAGCCUCUCAUGUCAGAGGAGAGAAUUCAAGUGGAAAAUGGAACUCUUAUCAUACCAAUGCUGAAUAUGUCAGACUCUGGCCUCUAUCAAUGUGUGGCAGAAAACAAGUACGAUACUAUUUACGCCAGUGCUGAAUUGAGGGUUAUAGCUGCAGCCCCCGAUUUUUCCAAAAACCCCGUGAAAAAAACAUCCAUUGUUCAAGUUGGUGGUGAAGUCACCAUUGGUUGUAGACCAAGUGCUUCUCCCAGAGCAGCUAUUGACUGGAGAAAGGGCCCCGAGGUGCUGCGCCUGAACAAAAGGGCCCUCUUACUGGAGGAUGGCAGUCUCAGGCUUUACAACAUCACCAAAUCAGAUGCUGGGGUGUACACUUGUAUAGCAACAAAUCAGUUCGGAGUUGCCAGAAAUUCAGGGAACCUGAUUGUGAAAGAAAGGACUGUAAUUACUAUUGCACCUUCCAACAUGGAUGUAACAGUUGGAGAAAGCAUAGUCCUUCCAUGCCAGGUUUCUCAUGACCCCUCCAUUGCUGUGGCGUUCACGUGGUCAUUCAGUGGCAACCAAAUUGACUUUAAAAGAGGAAUGCCUCAUUUUGAGAGAAUUGGAGGAGAAUCUGUUGGAGAUCUGAUGAUAAGAAAUAUUCAACUUCAUCAUUCUGGGAAAUAUGUGUGCAUGGUGCAGACAACUUUAGACAGUCAAUCUACAGCAGUAGAUAUAAUUGUAAGAGGUCCCCCAGGCCCACCAGAAGAUGUUAGAGUUGAACAUAUUUCUAGCACUACUGCCGUGUUAUCCUGGAAAUCUGGAAGAGAUAACAAUAGUCCAGUCCAGAUCUACAGCAUUCAAACAAGGACUCCUUUCUCAGUUGGAUGGCAGGCAGUUUCAACAGUUCCUGAAGUCCUCAAUGGUAGGACUCACAAAGCAACAGUGGUUGACUUAAGCCCUUGGGUUGAGUAUGAGUUCCGUGUAGUUGCCAGCAACAGUGUUGGAACUGGAGAGCCAAGCAAGCCAUCAGCCCUACUGAAAACCAAAGCAGCAGUUCCCACAGUGGCACCGACCAACGUCAGUGGAGGAGGAGGGAGCCGCUCAGAGCUGGUCAUCACAUGGGAGCCAGUGCCAGAAGAACUACAAAAUGGAGAAGGUUUUGGCUAUAUCAUUAUGUUUCGUCCUCUUGGCUCAACAACGUGGACAAAAGCAGCAGUGGCUCCCAUAGAAGCAAGUAAAUAUGUUUAUAGGAAUGAAAGCAUUACACCUCUGUCUCCUUUCGAAGUGAAAGUUGGUGUCUACAACAAUGAAGGAGAAGGGACCCUGAGCUCCAUAUCCAUUGUCUACGCUGGAGAAGAUGAGCCACAGAUAGCACCAGCAGGCACUUCAGCACUGAGCAUCUCGGCAGCAGAGGUGGAGGUCUCCUGGCAGCCCGUUGCAUGGAACAGGCACACAGGCAGGGUGCUGGGCUAUGAGGUUUUAUAUUGGACUGAUGAUCCCAAGGAAAGCACAGCUGGUAAAGUCAGAGUCAAUGGGAACGUAACAGCCAAAAAUAUCACAGGCCUAAAAGCUAACACAGUGUAUUUUGCAACAGUUCGGGCUUACAACACAGCAGGGACGGGGCCCUCCAGUGCCCCAGUAAAUGUCACCACUAAAAAGUCACCACCCAGUCAACCUCCAGCAAAUAUCGCGUGGAAACUGACAAAUUCCAAAAUCUGCUUGAAUUGGGAACAUGUGAAAACAAUGGAGAAUGAAUCAGAGGUGCUAGGCUACAAAAUUUUGUACAGACAAAACAGGCACAGCAAAGCUCAUAUACUGGAGACAAACAACACUUCAGCUGAACUUCUGGUGCCAUUCGAAGAAGAUUAUCUCAUAGAAAUAAGAACCGUUAGUGAUGGUGGGGAUGGCAGUAGCAGCGAGGAAAUUAGGAUCCCAAAAAUAUCAAGUUUAAGCUCUGGAGGAAUAAAACUGUCCCCAAGAGAACUGUAUACGCUGGCAUCUGGGAUCCUACUCUUGAGUUUUGUUCUUACAUAUUCUUUUCCUUGAUGACUGAAGCAAUGGACUUCUAAAAUUGAACUACCUGUAGAUUCUGUCUUAAUACUUUAUCACAACCAAAAUUUCCAGUAAAGAAAAAUAGCGGGGAUGGGGAAGGGAGACAGAGAUUGUACACAUAUAAGAAAAUGUAAAUAUUAAUAAUGCAUUAAUUUAAAAAUAUAAGCUUUGAAUUUCAUAGAUAAAUGUAUAUGCAUUAAUUAAAUAGAGUGGUACCAAAUAUAACUUGAGAUUGUGAAAAAGAGUGAUCUCAAUUUUUUUUUACUAAUUCUUAUUGAAACUUCAAUUUAAUGGUAUGGCAAAUGCGGAAGAUUUGUGCCAGGAGAUUACUGAUAAUUGCUUGUGAUGUGGAUAUUAAUUAUCUCACAUUCUUCACUGUAACCUCUAAACAAAACAGAAACCACCAAAAAACAUUUCAAAUAAAUAAGUUAGUUGUUUACUUUUUGUAUUACAGGAAUCCCCAUAGAAUGCAUUUUAUGAAGUAUAUUUGUAGGGGAACUGUUAGUUCAGGGCUUCGACUGGUGAUUGAACACCUGGUGAAGGGGUGUGCCUGGUCCAGACAGCACAGGCAAAUUGUUUGCACCUGUGCUCCCCACUUAACUAGAAGGGGUAGAGACCCCCUGGGCUCAGAUAAGGGCCAGCCACGGGGAGGGGAGCAUCUCUUGGACCUGCGCUGCUUCCCAAGGAGAUAUGCUGCAUAGACAGGGAUCCCCUUUGCCAACUGGGUGAGUUCAGUUCCUUCUUCUGUACGUGGCUUACCUGUGAAUGCUUUGGCUGGUAUUUCCAAGAACCCAUCAAAAGCAGUUUUGCUUCUUUCUGAGCAGAAUAAUCCUUAACUGUUUUCUUCUGAAAAGAUACACUGUAUUAAAAGGAGGCAUAUGGACCAACCCCAAGCCCUUGAAUUUAAGAGAGUUUCAAUGGCACCAGCAAGCCUUGAAUCCGGCUUGAACAAGGCAGAACCUUCUAUGACUUGAGAUAUGUUGUUUGAUGCAAAGGCUGUUCUGAUCUACAACUUUUUUAAGGGGAGAUUAAAAUAUAUCUGUCUUCUAGCAUGUUUAGUUAUCCUCCAGCUGGUAUUGUUCUUUGCUGUAGGUUGAAAGUGUAGAUUCAUCUCUGGGAUGGGUGUGAAGGUAAAUGAGAGGAACAUUGAUUUUCAUCAUCUUGAAAUAUAAAUAAAAGCAUCUAAUUAAACCCUUCAAUCUAUUGAGUUAUUAGAAUGUCAAAUUAAACACCAGAGUGAGCAUGACUUUCAAGUGAAUAGAUAGAGCUCAAAACAUGAAGUCACGCUGCUGUCAGCUUUAACAACAUCCUAUAAAAGGUAUUUGUUGUCUCACAUCACUACUAGGGGACCUUUUCAUCCCUCCCACUAUAUUCUGAAGUCUGUUUUCUUUUUGUUACUGACAAAUGUGUUAUCUCAUCUUUGUAACCAUUUGCAACAACAAGUUAAUCAAAUUCCCUCCCUACCCCAAUACUUCUGAAAAGAGAAGGGCUCAAAGGGAGAUGGCACUGUGUAAGCACAUGAAAAAGCAGAAGAAUAUGCUUUAACUUGUGCAUGAUCAUCUUCCAAAAAGCAUAAUAAAGCAUAUUUCACAUCCACAGGUAUGGGAAGCUAAGCUGGAAGCAAGAGUCCUAAUGAUAGGAAAGCUUAUGUUGGAAGUGAUCUUUAAAUGUCACCCAGUUCCAAUCUCUUUCUGUGGGCUGGCUGCAUCCCUAGCUCAGGCUGCCUCAGGCCUCAUUCAUGGCCUUGGGCUCCUCCAGAAAUGGGAUGCCCACAGCUCUGAGUGAAGAAUUUCUUCCUAACAUCUAACCUAAAUCUCCCCUCUUUUAGUUUAAAGCCAUUCCCCCAAAAGCCUAUUGCUAUCAGACCGUGUAAUGAGUUGCUCUGCUCCUAUUUAUAAGCUCCCCUCAAGUACAGAAAGGCCUCAGUGAGGUCUCCUCAGAGCCUUCUUUUUUUCAAGCUAAACAAGCCCAACUCCCUCAGCCUUUCUUUGUAGAUAUUGCACUUAAAAUAUGAAGUUGAAUGGGAAGUUACCAAAACUUUGGUGCCUGGGAUUACUGAUGUGCUGAGAGAACUCCAUGUGCUCUGGCAUAAAAUGCAACCAUAAAUAAUAAACACGUAGCAAGAGCAUGCAUUAUGAAACAAUAUUCAAUUUUGAUUUAAGUACUCGAGAGGAUGAAGAGUAUAUUAAAUCCCUAGGACAAGGUAUUUCACUAGGAACUGCACUCUCUGUUAAAUACUUGCGUUCUCUGUUGAUGCUAUCAAAGCCAGAAGAGAGUGUAUUUCGUGUCCUUGCGGCUACAGAAUGAGUGUGGAAAUGUGGGCUUUAUUGUGGAUAAACAAAUUGUACUCGCAUCUGGUGAUAUUCAGUAAUCCUCAUACUGAAUUCAGCAUAGUUUUUCAAAAAGAUGACCACUGCAGUGGAGCUCUGACAGAGCUUUUUGCAUCAUUCCAUCCCAGCAGGUCUCUAGCAGCAGCUCGUUGCUACCAUUGCAGCUUGAAUGCAGAUUUUCUACCAUCCAAUAAGCAAGGGGUAUUUUUUUUUCAGUUAAAUGUAACUUAAACUCUUAUAUUUUAUAACAUAAAUGCGAUCCUUUCACGAAGUUUAAACAAAACUGUUCUUUUCAUUCAAGGAAAGAAAUAUUUGCUGCACAGCAGUUGUAUAGAACUGUAUAGGAGGCCUGAUAGAUGAUUAAUUACAGGGAGGUUCUAAAAAUAUAAUGCUGCUUUUAGAAGCCUGUCCUCUGAGAUUUCUACAAAGAUACUAAUUGCAGGAGUUACUAGGAAGAGGUUUAACAGCUUUCAGUAGAGAAGAACAGCAUAGAAGGAGGUGGAUAUGGUAUUUAGAAAUCUUGUUAAUACCUUAAAAACAUUUUUUUUUUUUUGUAAUGAAAUCAAACAAGGAAAUGUUUUCUUAAGAUUUGUUUCCAUUUCUGCAUGCAUUACUGAUUUUCCUUGCAAGGUGUUUUUCCUCUCUGUAGAAGGUAAUUUUCAAAUCAGGCUCUUUCUCCAUGUUUGACCUCAUAAUUUCUACGUUUGUCUCAUUCUAUUGUUUCUGUGAGAGAAUCCCCUUUUAAAUUAAGGGGGAACCCUAGGAAUUGGAAGAUUGCUGACUUGAAUAAAGCUGUUCUUUUGCUGAGCUUCCUUAGAGCUGGAACAUAAGUGGGUUACCAAGUAACUAUUCUGCCUAGCAACUUCCAGUUGAGGAAUAUGCACCUAUAUUUACACAGGAAGGACCACUGCAACAUCAAGGCAAUAAUCAGUGGUCCUUACAGCUUCUAUUUCCUACCUCUUCCAUGUGCCACCAUAUGGGCGGUGUCUGUUAUAGAAGUCUGCUCCACCACUGUGGCCAAGUGCACUCCUCUCUGCCUGCAGGAGUUAGGUGUUUGGCAUCAUAACCACUAAAACCAAGCAAGAUGUGCAACUCUAGCAAAUAAUCUUUUCAUUCUUUCCCUUAGGAGGUGUUUACUUCAGCAAACAGAACUUAAAUUGAUCUAAUUCACUAUUUUGUUCUGCUGCUCUGCUUCCUAAAGUAGAUUUACCUAGCGUUGAAAAACUCAAACAAGAGAAGAAUGCCUUAAAACACUGCUUCUAAGCAGUCUUAAAGAGAAUAGCAUUAAAUAAUAAUAUGGCCCCCUACUAUCCUGAAAUAAAUGAAGUUCAUUAAAUUGAGGAGGCCCAUGUUCUCCUCUUCCCUACUCUUCCCUAUCAUUUAUUUUUGUUUCACUAAAAUAGAUGCCCAAAUGAAACUGGACUGGUCAAUCUGCAGAACAGUGCUGAAAAGACCAGGUAGCCAACUGAAUGGUUGUAUCUUUAUAAAAUGUUAUUAAGACAUCUGGUGCUGAAAUAGGAAGAGUUUGGUUGAAUGGAAGAGGUGGGGAAAAAAAUUGCAAAAAUAGUUUUGUUACUCACAGUUGUAGAAAACAUUUGAAAAUAAGGAUAUUAAGUUUCUAAAACUAGAAGUCAAAAGGAAAACAACAGAGAGGGGAAAGGAAAGACAAAAGCAACCCCACUUAUCUGCCCCGUUCUGGAAAUGCUGGGUGUAGUCCUCCCAGACUUCAGAGCAUGGAAUCAAGUCCAAGACAAGACUCGGAUUUCCAACAGCAGGAAGAGUAAUAUCUAUUAUAUUUUGAUGACAUAAGCAAAGUAGCAAAAAACUAAAACCAGUCACAGUCAGAGAUUUUCAUUUUAAAUUUAAUACAUCAACAAAAUAUUUCUCCCUGGAAAAAAAAAAAAGCAAUUUUGAGUCUAUCCAAAUGUUUCACUUGGUUCCAAAUGCAAUGUUUCACUGUGAUUUAAGAUCAUUUAAACUUUCUUUAAUGCCUUCUCCCUUCUUUAUAGAGCAAUUUCUGAAUAUGAAUGCCAAGAAACUAAGUAAAAUAGCCCAUGUGUGCUAUUGUACCAACCCCUAAAUCAGCAUUACCCUGAUGUGCAGAAACACCCUCUGUUUUCUGCAGGUCAUUGGAAUGCAGUACUAGUGAGGACUUGACACAAAGCUCUAAAUCAUACUUAUCUAUAAAUACAUUGCAAAAGCAAAGAAAGAUUUUAUUAAUAUCUGAAUGUACUGCAGUCACAGAGAAUUUCCCACAACGAUUUGCUGUGCAGAAGCAAGAAUUAAUCUGCUCAGAGAGGCUUUGGCAUGCACAGGGCUGCCUGGGCUGGUGGCUCAGGAUGCUGACGCAGGUUUUAUCUAUUUAGUCUUCAAAGGGAACUUGCGUCCAAGUGCUCUUUGCACUUCCCUAGGUAAAAGUUAUCCAGAAUCUUCCCCUACAGUGAGUAUCCCUGAUGCCUUUCCUUCACUCUGGUACCUGCACAUCCAAGGUACCCUCCCGUGCAUCUCAGUGCUCUUGAAUAUCAGUUGCUUUGAAGCUUGUGUUGUUUCAUGUAAAUACAGCUCCACUGUGGCCUUUGGGUGAAUGUGGUUUGAGGUAUGGUAAUAUUUGUAGUGGACUGUUGAAAUGUUGGUACAAGUGUGGUGAGAUCUUCCAAGUGCAGGCAGUAUGGGAAUACUGUCCUGCAGUGUUUGCAUUAUUUAUCCUGAGGAGGGACUCUGCUGGGUUCAGGUGAUAUGUAUGUGCUGUCUUCUGGCACUGAGAGUGGAUUAUUGGAGUGCUGCCAUGCAGCAAAGGAUUGUUAUGGACCAGCAAUGUGGAAUAAUAGUAUUGCUUUCAUGCAUUUGUAUAUAUGCAUUCAGAAAUAUCUGUACCUAAAGACAUAGGCAAUGUUGCGGAGACUUGGCAUGUAAUGCUCUGAUCAUCUUCAGAGUAUGUAUAAAGAUGAGACAUUUCUCUUGCUUUGACCAUUAUCUAAUCCCAAAACUAUGAGGUGGGGGGGCAAAACAGUGCUAUUAUAAUAGCUUGUAUAAAAUUUUUCUGGGUUAAAUUUACCAUGUAGAAAAGGUCACUUGGACAUUUUGACAGCAUCGUACAAUAAAGGCCUCUAAAUGGCUUCAAUCA